AUGCGUCCCCCGGCGCAUCGAAUAAAGCUUCCCCAGGGCUCCCGGAGGCCUCCGACAACCCGCACCUCCGAUCGUCCAUGUGCACGCCAGUUUUCGUACAAGCACCCUCGCCAAUUCCUCGUUGCGCACCAAGGCUCGCCGCGGCCACAGCUGCCGUUUCUAUACCCCUCGGGCCAGCACCUCUCCAACGGCCAACUACAACGUCUAUUCUCCAUUAGCGCGAACCACAAGAAGUUCAUAAAAGAGACGGCGAAACUGAGUGUGCGCUAUAGCAUUCUCAUCUUUCUCCUCUCAUCAUGCGUCAGUAUCGCAAGUCUAGGCAUAUUGAGCGAGCAACAAGAGCGGGCCUUUCCGUCGCCUCAUGAGUGGAGCCUGAUCACGAGGUUUAGGUUCAGGAGAGGAAAGUGGUGGCAGGUGCCUGAAAACAACGAGGAAGAGGGUUUCCCCAACUGGGCGCGGGUUUACUCAGAGCUGGAAUAUGCGCUGAAUCGAUUGGAGAACCCGGAUAAGGAUGGGGCAGGUCUACUUGAUCAAGAAGAAGGGGGAAUACUGGUGCCCGGCGUAGGCAAGGCAGGCUUCGAUUUGACCGCAAAAAGCGAAGAGUGGCGACAAGGAUAUUACGAAGUGCUUAUGGGCAUGGGCAAUGCUGCAGAAAGACUAGACGGAUGGGUGACGGAUAAGUGGAGGAGAAAUGUAUGGGCCCCGGAGUUCAUUCAGUCACCCUCAAAUCUACGACCAAAGGCUGUUCUCCCUGGCAUGCCCGAGCCACCAGAUGAGGAGCAUCGCACACCCGCGGCGGAAGCGCCAGAGACAUUUUACCUCAAGAUCAUCACCUCGAAGGGUUUCACCACAUACCAACGGCUAUCGGCUGCUUUGAGCUACGCGGACUGGCUCAGCUUCAGAAAGCUUCCAGAUUCGGCGGAGGAGAUGUACAGGUGGGCACUCGACAUUGCCAUUGCAGGUUUGCCGACACCUGAGCCUUCGGCAGUCAUCGAUCGUGAUAGUGGCAUCUUGUCAUCUACAGCACCGAAAGAAGCCAUAACAUCAAACAUUGUCUAUGCUGCGACAAACCUGGCUACUUUCUUAGCAGAGCAACGAAGAGUCGCAUCCGCGCUCCCAAUUUUCAUUUCUUUGCUUCGUGCUCGCAUCGAAGCUGAAGAAGAUCGUACCCCUGCGAUACAACCCAAGAAGGACACCACUCUCGUCGGAACUUUGUUCAGCUUGCUGCGUGAACCCGACUACCCAGACGUACCACCUUCCGGCGACGAACCACUGGUCCGGAAGGAAAGCGAUCGCUGCGAAGAAGCUGCCUUGAAGAACUACAUCGGCGAGAUCCUUUUCGCGACAGCUGGCAGCUCGUCUAGCCAACGUCAACAAGGUCUUUCUUGGGUGCGUGAUGCUGUCUCCACUUCUAAGCUCGCGCAAUCACUCGAACCUGUACGCGCCAACGACGACAUCCGCAAGAAGUGCGAAAAGUGCGAAGAAGUUGGACUCGAGUCAUGGGGGAAGAUCAUGACAUACCUAGCUGCUGAGGCACGCGAGAAACGCGAUCACGCGAAGAGCGGGGGUCUGCAGGGAUUAGUGUGGAAGGUUAAAGGCACGAAGGACCUGGAUGAGAAAGUAGAGGACCUGGAGGGAGAAGAAGAGGGGGUAAUUCUUCGGCUGAACAAGCUCAGAAGUAGAAUGCUCAAGGAAGAAUACGCUGAGAUGGAUCGCAAGUACGCGCGAACCUUUGUAUUCUAG